AUGCUGGACAUUUCUCGGAUCUUGAUCCUCUACACGCACCACCAUGCCACGCCUGUGAUCGCCCACCUCCACGGCGCGGAGCACAACUCACGAUGCAUCACGUUUCCAACCCCCAAAGACCCCUCCUUGACGGUGGUCCCGAAUUGGCAACAGUCCACGAUGACCAUGUUUGGCAGAAAAUCGAAUUGCGACGCACCUACGUUGAGUGCCCGGCCGGUGUCGACCGUGCCAGUGACAACCAACGCGGAGGUGGUCCUCGCGCUGCUCUACAUCUGGAACCGCGGCCUGGUACCUCUCCAUCACCACCACCACCACCACCACCACAAUAACAGCUGCCCGGGCGACCUGAAACUCGAGGUCAUUGACGACUGGGAGGCGGACUUUGGCCGCACCAAGAUCUUGUGGCAGAAGGUCGAGGAUCGGAUCCACAACCACAGUCUCGACGAGCACAACGCCAUGUUGGAGUUCUGA